GACUGAGACUUUUGAGUUCCAUUUUGAGAAUAUAAGACCACGUUUGGGUUGGUCUCUCCAAUAACCUUUUUUGUCUUCAUUUGUGGUCCACAUAACGCACUACAAUCCUCCCCCACACGUAGACAAAUUCACCUCAUACAUAUCAUCUCCAUUAUAUAAACCAAUCACAUUCACAUCUUAACAUAUACCAAAACAUAGAUUUUUACUACAACAUCAUGGGUAGUGUAGAUCACGAAUAUCCUCUGGAAGCUGAGAGCGUGCAGCAGCGGCAGCAGCAAGUAGAGCUUCCUCCACCUCAACCCUUUUUCAAGUCUCUAAAGAUCUCCUUGAAGGAGACUUUCUUCCCAGAUGACCCUUUCAGACAGUUCAAAAACAAGCCAUCCUCUAAAAAGAUCAUGCUUGCUAUUCAGUAUUUCUUUCCCAUCUUCCAAUGGGCACCCAAAUACACCUUUAACUUCUUCAAAGCUGACCUCAUAGCUGGCAUCACCAUAGCUAGCUUGGCCAUUCCUCAAGGCAUCAGCUAUGCCAAGCUCGCCAACCUCCCUCCUAUCCUCGGACUAUAUUCAAGCUUUAUACCACCUUUGAUUUAUGCCAUGAUGGGAAGCUCAAGAGAUUUGGCGGUGGGGACGGUGGCGGUUGGAUCGCUUCUGAUGGGUUCCAUGUUGAGUGAUGUGGUUAAUCCUACCCAAGACCCACGGCUUUACCUACACCUUGCCUUCACUGCUACAUUAUUUGCUGGAAUUUUUCAGGCUGCUUUGGGUUUGUUUAGGUUGGGGUUGAUAGUUGAUUUUCUAUCACAUGCAACAAUAGUAGGGUUCAUGGGAGGAGCAGCUACAGUGGUUUGUCUGCAGCAACUAAAAUCGAUUCUGGGUCUUGUGCAUUUCACCCAUGGAGCUGAUAUCAUAUCAGUGAUGCGCUCUGUUUUCACCCAAACUCAUGAGUGGAAGUGGGAAAGUUCUGUGUUAGGAUUUGUCUUCAUCUUCUUCCUCCUUAUCACUAGAUACUUUAGCAAAAAACGACCAAGGUUUUUCUGGGUGUCAGCAAUGGCGCCGUUAACAUCGGUUAUAUUGGGAAGUCUGUUAGUUUAUUUCACUCAUGCUGAGAGGCACGGAGUUGAAGUGAUAGGAGAAUUGAAGAAGGGUUUAAAUCCACCAUCAGUAUCAAAGCUGGUUUUUGUGUCACCUUAUAUGACCACAGCUGUGAAAACUGGCAUUGUUGUUGGCAUCAUAUCACUAGCAGAAGGAAUAGCAGUGGGAAGAAGCUUUGCAAUGUAUAAAAAUUACAAUAUUGAUGGCAACAAAGAGAUGAUAGCUAUGGGUACCAUGAACAUAGUUGGUUCUUUCACCUCUUGCUACAUCACAACAGGGCCAUUUUCACGCUCAGCCGUCAACUAUAAUGCUGGAUGCAAGACAGCAGCUUCCAACAUUAUAAUGUCAAUAGCAGUGAUGUUGACAUUGCUAUUCCUAACACCCUUGUUCCAUUACACUCCCCUGGUGGUGCUGUCAGCCAUUAUUGUAUCUGCAAUGCUUGGACUCAUAGAUUAUGAAGCAGCCAUCCAUCUCUGGAAGAUUGAUAAAUUUGACUUUGUUGUGUGCAUGAGUGCAUACGUUGGCGUGGUCUUUGCCAGUGUUGAAAUUGGCUUAGUCAUAGCUGUUGCAAUUUCUGUACUUCGAGUACUGCUUUUCAUUGCAAGGCCAAGGACAUUCGUUUUGGGAAACAUUCCAAAUUCUGGGAUUUACAGAAAUGUUGAGCAAUAUCCAAAUGCAAAGCAUGUUCCUGGAAUCCUCAUCCUAGAAAUUGAUGCACCGAUCUACUUUGCCAAUGCAGGCUAUUUAAGAGAAAGGAUCACAAGGUGGGUUGAUGAAGAAGAAAGCAGAAUCAAAGCUACUGGAGAGACAAGUUUGCAGUAUGUUAUAAUGGAUAUGAGUGGUGUUGGAAACAUUGAUACAAGUGGAAUAAGUAUGCUUGAAGAGGUCAAGAAGAUUACUGAGAGAAGAGAACUUCAACUUGUUUUGGUGAAUCCUGGAAGCGAGGUGAUGAAGAAACUGAACAAAUCCAAAUUCCAAAAUCAUUUAGGAGAGAGAUGGAUCUAUUUAACUGUUGAAGAGGCCGUUGGAGCAUGCAACUUCAAUCUCCAUGAAAGAACGAAUCUGAAGAACGAUGAAUCAGAGGGUUGGAACAAUGUUUGACUGAGAAUGAGCAAAAGAAUAUUCUCAAGAGCUCAUUAAUUUUCGUCUCAGUUAUGUCAGCAUUACAAUUUGUGGCAUCAGAAUUUCCAAAUCGUGCCGCAGAAGUUUUAGAAGCAUAGCACAAUGAAAGAUGCACGACUCUUGUCCUAAGUUAGAACAACAUAGGCUGUCUAAUAAUCAUAUGUAUCAUGUUUUAUAAUUUAUUCAAAUGUAAAGUAAUUUUCAUGACAAUUGAAGAAUCCUUCGGAAACUUCUUAUAAUUAAAUAAGCUGAUUGUAGCUUAUGAAAAA